AACACAUGAAGGGACAGAGAGAGAAUGUCCGCCUUCCUCCUCUGUCGGAUCGUGAUUUCCCCUUCGACUCCCUUUUCCCUCUUCUUUUCUUCUGCCCGAACCCUUAACUUUUGCGGGAAAAUCCGAUAAUUUCCUCGGGAAAAUUUCUGUGCUUUUAACUCACCUUCGAUUCUUUUGGAUCUCUCUGUUGGGUCGUCGUUUUGCUUCGGUUUGAGGAGGCCACUGCGUUUGCCUGGAUCUCUAUAGUGGUGACCUCAAGUCUCCGGUGAAUUCCUUGAUAAUGGAUAAGGAAAAAGCUCCUGCCGCCGGUGGAGGUUUGCCACCUCCCUCGGGCAGGUACUCGGCAUUUUCUCUCAACGGAAGUAGCUUUGGAAUGAAAGCUGAAUCGUCGCUUCCUCCAUUGGCCCCAGGUUCGAGCUCAGACGCUGGUGCUUUUGGUCAUGGAUCAGAGUCUGGCGGAUUUAGCCAUGACAUUAGUCGCAUGCUCGAUAACCCACCUAAGAAUCUGGGUCAUCGACGUGCUCACUCAGAAAUUCUUACUCUCCCUGAUGAUUUGGGCUUUUAUAGCGAUUUUGGUGCGGUUGGUGGUGCUGAUGGACCUUCCUUCUCAGAUGAGAUGGAAGAUUUGCUUUCGAUGUAUCUUGAUAUGGAUAAGUUCGAUUCUUCGGCCACAUCUUCGUCCCAAGUGGGCGAGCCUUCUGAACCUGCCGGGAGGAGUGAAGGAGCACAGGCAGGCCCCGAGAAUUUUGGUGUUUUCGUCAAUCCUGAGGGUGCACCUGCAAGUUCUAGCGAAAGGACGAGAAUCAGGCACCAACACAGCCAAUCUAUGGAUGGUUCAACGAUUAUCAAACCCGAGAUGCUAAUGUCUGUUGCUGAAGAAGCAUCUCCAUCUGAUACUAAGAAAGCCAUGUCUGCUGAUAAACUUGCCGAGCUCGCUCUCAUUGAUCCAAAACGCGCGAAGAGGAUAUGGGCAAACAGGCAAUCUGCGGCAAGGUCGAAGGAGAGGAAGAUGAGAUACAUUGCGGAACUUGAAAGAAAAAUACAAACCCUACAAACAGAGUCAACAUCCCUUUCAGCCCAGUUGACUCUACGGCAGAGAGACACAAGUGGCCUCACUGUUGAAAAUAACGAGCUGAAACUGCGGUUACAAACAAUUGAACAACAGGUUCAUUUGCAGGAUGCGCUAAAUGAUUCGUUGAAGGAGGAAAUCCAGCAUCUUAAGGUGCUGACAGGCCAAGUGGCAAACGGUGCAUCGAUGAUGAACUAUGGUUCAUAUGGAUCGAACCAGCAAAUCCAUCGCAACAGUCAGGCGAUGCACACUCUCUUAGCCGCACAGCAGUUCCAGCAGCUCCAGAUUCAUUCGCAGAAGCAGCAACAGCAGCAACAGCUACAGCUACAGCAGCAGCAGCAGCAGCAGCAACAGCUACAGCAGCAGCAGCAACAACUGUUUCAGCAGCAACAGCAGCAACUGCAUCAGCUUCAGCGGCAGGAACAGCAUAGCCUGAUAACAGAUUUUAGAACGUCCAUGCCUUCCCUAACCCGGAAAGAGAGUGGCCCGUCAUCUGAUCUCGGGGCCAAAGACUCGGGAAUCUAAUGCUCUCGAUUCAGCUGAGGUACUACUGCACAGACAUGUCCUCCUUUCUUGUCUGAAUCUCAUUAAUUACUGGCGAAUUUGCCUGAAAACCUUGGUUCUUUUACCGCAUGCCCAAUUUAAGCGGAUUCUUUUCGGGUUCAUACAUCAGACUGUAACCUUUUUCGUGGGCGGAUUGGGGGAUUAUUCCCAUUUGUUCCAUUAGCGGAAACGCUUUGGUAGUUCCAAAAACAAUAGGAGGGGAAGAAUAAGAGGAGGUUUAUGUGUUUGAGAUGUUGAUAUGACUUUGAACUUUGUCAUCAUCUCCCUUGGAUUCUGUAGUUUUAGUUCCUCCCGGCUUCUGACAGACUUUUUCUUUGGUCCUUUAGGGUUCCUAAGUUUCAGUUGUAUGAUAAGCGCUGCGUUGCUUUCAACUUUGAAUAAUUUCCCUGAUUUGGACAGGUUUUAUGUUU